AUGGCUAAAAAGCCAAUCACCCCAUGGAACUGGCUACGAGAACGGGAACUGGGUUUAAAUAAUCGGCGAGUGGACAGGCGGCGACAAGAGAAUGAGCUCGUUGCCAAAUUCUACUCGAUAAUGUCACCGGUAAAAUGUAUUGGGUCAGCUCUUUAUACAACAGUUGAAGGACAUGGUUCAAUUUUCAAUAUAGAGUUUUCUCCCGAUGGGAAAGUGCUUGUUGCUGCCUGUGAGAGAAAAAGUAUUAAAGUGUGUGAUCCACUUACUGGUACCCAUAUAACUACAAUCAAAGAUGCCCACGAUGACUGCGUUAACUUGGUCAAGUUUUUGGAUCACAGACUUUUUGCUACCUGUUCAGAUGAUAAGACAGUUGCUCUCUGGGAUGUUCGUAAUUUGAAGAGGAAGAUUCGAAGUUUACGAGGUCAUCAAAGUUGGGUUAAGAAUAUAGAAUAUUGUCCAGUGUCUAAUAUCCUUGUUACCUCAGGAUUUGAUGGAAAUAUACUAUCAUGGGAUAUAAAUCGGUAUCAGGAAAAAAAUAUUUGUCAGAGUAAAAAGUUAUUUCAUAUGGAUGGGUUAAUGAGAUCGAGAUUGACUCCAGAUAGUAGCAAAUUAAUCAUAUCCAACUCUGCUGGAUUCAUAGUUAUUGUACAUGACCUUGACCUUUCAACUCUGGACCGUGAUUUACAUGGCGUUGACCCUAUUGAGUAUUAUCAACUUUGGGUUGACAGUAAAAACAAAGAACUUGAGGAUUACUACAGGGAGUAUUCAAGGUACUUUGGAGCAAGGAAAAAUCGUGUGGAAAUUGUGACCGAGUUUCCUCUUCAAAGUCAAGUGUUUAAUAUUUCUUCCCUGCAAAUUCAUCCCUAUGGAUGGUGUGCAUUAUCUAGAUUUACAAGUGAAGCUGAAGACGUAGAAUAUUCCUGUGUACAUGACCUUCAAGAUAAAAGGUUCUCAAAUAAAGAUGAAACAGAAACAGAAGCUACAUGUACGACCGGUGUCAGUAGACUGACUAAUUACAUUGAGGAAUGUAGCGAUGGUAAGGGGUAUAUAAAAGAACUAUGCUUCAGUCCUGAUGGUCGCAUUGUCUGCUCACCGUACGGUUAUGGAGUUAGAUUACUGGCGUUCAACGAUAAAUGUCAAGAACUGUGCGAUUGUCAUCCGAAUACGCCCCAAGAAUUAUAUGAACUAAAGACAAUUGUUUGUCAUAGACGAACAGUGUUAACAUCUAAGUUCUCACCCAUGCAUAAUUUAUUAGCAACAGGGUGCCAAGCUGGUCGCAUUGUUAUACAUCAACCCAAACUAAUCUAG